GAAAAAGCGAGAUUAUUUGCGAAAGAACUCUGACCGCGAAACAAACAACGAGAACAGCGUGACAAGUCACAAGCAACAAGCAAGCGGAACAACUGACUACAAGACUGCCCUCUAUCCGUAUCCUCCGAAGGCAAACAAGAAGACGUAGUGUACCAGACAGGGUGGGUUAGCAUCGCAACUACCGUACAAGCUCCAUCAUCUACUGUCAAACAGAAAUUAGAAAUUAGAAAAGAAAAGAAAGAUGGCUGUAAUUUCUGAACGUUCCGUCGAGAUUGCCUUUGAUACAUCCGCGCUUCCGGAUUGUCAAGAAAUUUCCCACCAUGAGUUUCUGUCCAGUUUCCUGACCGAUCAAGCCCUGACAGACCUUUCCCUCUUGGGAAAUGAUGGCCAAGUCGUACGGGCCAAUCGAUUGGUGUUGGCCGCGCGGAGCAAGGUCUUUCGGAGUAUGCUCUUGGGAGAAUUUGCCGAAGCACGAAAAGAUGUCAUUCCCUUGAAUUACAAGGGAUGCGUCCUUCAGGCCAUUCUCGAAUACAUUCUCACCGAUUCGGCCGAACUGCUGCGAAAAGGUGCCUUGCUGUGUCGCAGUGAUGAGGAUGAGGAGGAAAACAACAACACCAAUAUCACUCCUUCACCUUCUCAUGAUGAUGACGACGACCACAACCCCUUUGAACGAGUCAAAACACUUGUGUCGCUCAUGGGUGCAGCCAUUUACUUCAAUCUACCACUCCUCUGCGAAAAAGUCUUUCAACACUUGGCACACUGCCUCAAGAAGGAACCAUCACUCUCCUUUGCCGUAUUGGAAGCGUACAAACAAGAAGCACCCGCCAUUCCCACACAGCUCAAGAACCUGGCCAUGUCCAAAUUGAGUACCAACAUUGAAACGUUGGAUGAGAAAUGUGGCGUCUCACUCCUCAGUGCCUCGUCGUUGGAGGAAAUAUUAAAAGACAACACCAUUCAAGCCGAUGAACAGAAUUUAUUUGAACUCGUCUUGCAGUGGGCCGAACACGAAGACAACGACAAUGACAAUCAUCACCACGAUCGAUCCCUGGCGGCAUCGGAAAUGAUACAACACCACGUCCGUCUCGAUUGGAUUGAUCCCGAGUACUUGUCCACCACCGUGUCAGAAUCCAAUCUAGUGUCGCAAAAGUCGCUGCUGGAAGCAUUCAAACUACAAGCACUGGCGGCCAAGAAGCAGCACAAUGUUGUCUUUCGUCGACGACGAUGCCAACCGGUAUGGAACAGUACCUUGACCGAAAUGUCGACCGCCGGAGAAAUGCGUGGCGUCGACAUGUUGCAGUACCCUUCCAUGUCGUCCGGAGUACAUCGAUGGACUAUGGAAGUUGUCAAGGAUGUCACAUUUACAUGGCUCGGAGUGGCACUGCCAUCCAAACCAUUGGAUCUGCACAAAUGGCUGGGAAAACAAGAUGCUGGAUGGGCCUAUGGAUCCAAUGGUGCCGCUUGUCAUCAAACCGAUACCUACAAUUGUGUGCACCCAAAGUUCAAGGAAGGAUCUCGCGUUACAAUGACAUUGAAUCUGUUAGCGAAUAAUGAAGAAAAGAACGGUACCCUGUCGGCGUCGGUCGAUGGAGGAGAGGAAUUCAUUCUCUUUGACAAUCUGCGAGCACAAUUGGUGCCAGGCCAAGAAGACUGUGGCUUUGUACCGGCGGUUUCAAAUCGCGCCCCUGCCAAGAUCCGACUCAUUGAUAUUGAAAGGUUAUGUUAGAAAGAGGAGAUAUCAUUGAACGGUGGCUUCGGGUUUGCAAGAAAGGCACCGGAGUCUGAUGAUGCUAUAUGAUUCGCUUCUGCGGCGAAAACACAUAAUGCUUCACACCUAUUGACAAAGUCUUUGUGGUUUGUACAUUGUACGGAACCAAUGAGUAAUAUGAAUAGCUCCUUUGUCACAUAUGUGUCAACAGAUCAAGAGCAUGCAUUGUUGUUACCCAAUCUUUUGUUGCAGUACCACUUGUUGUCAACCACUGGGCAUCUCCCACUUACAUCAAACUAGCUAGCUAAGGGAUGUCUUGACAAUUAGGUUUACGAUGCGCAUUACUAUAAGGUGCUAGCUAUUCCCUUCCCAACUUGUGAUAUCCAAGAGACACCAGUGAAUGGUGCUGCGGGUGGACGUUGGCAAUGAUAGAGGUGUUGUGGAUUGGGAUCUUGAGUCGUCGGAAGAUUUAAAGAGAC